AUGGCUCCUCUACCAGUUUCUUCGAUCAGAGUUGGCAAAAUAGAGGAUGUUCAAGAACUGAUAAAAUCCAAACCAAACAAAGUUCCAGAGAGAUUCAUUAGAGAAGCCAAUGAGAGAGGAGUCAUUUUGACACUUAAGACUCAACAUCAUCAUCAUAUUCCUGUUAUUGAUCUCUCUAAGCUCUCUAAACCUCACAAUCAUGAUGAUUUUCUCUUUGAGAUUCUUAAGCUCUCAAAAGCUUGUGAAGACUGGGGAUUUUUCCAGGUUAUAAAUCAUGGAAUCGAAGUGGAAGUGGUUGAAGAUAUAGAGAAAGUUGCAAAAGAGUUCUUCGAGCUGCCAUUGGAGGAGAAGAAGAAGUAUCCAAUGGAGCCAGGGACCGUACAAGGUUACGGUCAAGCUUUCAUUUUCUCCGAAGAUCAAAAGCUUGAUUGGUGCAACAUGUUUGCUCUUGGUGUUCAUCCUCCUCCUAUUCGUAACCCCAAACUAUGGCCUUCUAAACCGGCCCGGUUCAGUGAAAAUCUUGAAGGUUACUCACAAGAGAUAAGGAAACUGUGCAAGAGGUUGUUGAAGUACAUAGCAAUAAGCUUGGGUCUAAAAGAAGAAAGAUUUGAGGAAAUGUUUGGGGAGGCAGUUCAAGCAGUGAGGAUGAACUAUUACCCUCCAUGUUCAAGUCCUGAUCUUGUCUUGGGACUUAGCCCACAUUCUGAUGGAAGUGCUGUCACUGUUCUUCAACAGAGCAAGAACAGUUGUGUUGGCCUUCAAAUCCUUAAGGACAACACUUGGGUCCCUGUUCUGCCUCUUCCCAAUGCCCUUGUCAUCAACAUUGGUGAUACCAUUGAGGUACUAACCAAUGGGAAGUACAAGAGUGUGGAGCAUAGGGCAGUGACAAACAGGGAAAAGGAGAGGCUUACAAUAGUGACAUUCUAUGCACCAAACUAUGAGGUUAAAAUAGAACCAAUGGUUGAAUUGGUUGAUGAUGAGACCAACCCAUGCAAGUAUAGAAGCUACAAUCAUGGUGACUAUAGUCAUCACUAUGUCUCCAACAAGCUCCAAGGCAAGAAGUCACUUGAUUUUGCCAAGAUUCUCAAUUAA